UAAUUGAAGAUUACAACCGUAGAAAUGAAAAAAUGAGCAUUUCUUUUGAGUCGUCUAUGGAAUUUUCAAAAUUAAAGAAAUUGAGUUUAUGUGAAAACAAAAUUGAGGAAAUAAUUUUUGAAAAUAUCAGAUCGUUAGGUGAUAUUAUGCCAAGCAUAACGCAUCUCUAUUUAGGCAAAAAUGAUCUCAAAUCGGUGGAUUUCUUGAAAAAUUUUCCUCUAAGUUUAACUUAUUUGGAUCUGCACGCCAAUGAAAUAAAAAAUUUUGAUAUUGGCAAGUCUGUUAAUCGUUUAAAAGUUUUAAAUUUAAAUGAAAAUCAAAUUGAAAGUUUGUGUGGAUUUCAUGAUUCCAUUUAUGACUAUCGCCGUUGCUGGGGAAUGACAUUAGGAGUGCUUAGGCAAUUACAAUGUUUGUCGAUUGUCAACGUAGGCCUGCAGUACAUCGCACCAGAUUCGUUUGAAAAUUUGUCAGAGUUAAUAUAUUUAGACAUGUCUGAGAAUAAAAUUAGUGAAAUUAACAACGCAUUAAAUAAUUUAGUCCAACUGAAGACACUUAUUUUGAAAAAUAAUCAAUUGAUUGAUAUUCCUAAUAUAUCGAAUCUUAAAAAUUUAGAAUAUUUCUCAGUUUCAAAUAAUAAUCUUACUUCUUUAAAGAGAUACACUUUUGAUCAUUUAUUGAAUUUGAAAAUAUUAAAGCUCAGUCAUAAUGGGUUGACUGAAAUCAUCCCAGGAACAUUCAAUAAAUUAGUUUCAUUAGAAGUAUUAGAUCUUUCUUCAAACAAGCUUCAAAUUCUACCGAAUGAUUGGAUCGGUCCGAAAAUAAAAUUAAAAUACUUGUUCUUGAAUGAUAAUUCAUUAACAAGUCUUCAGAGUUCGUCAAUUAUCAAAAUUAAAACUCUUCAACACUUGAACAUUGGUAAUAAUCCACUGAGAUUUAUGAUAAAUUUACAAACACUUUGGUCGCUAUCCGAAAAUCUGACGAUGGAUGUUGAAGUUGAACAAUAUUUUGAAUUACCAUCAAUGCCAUACAUGAUAAAUGAAAUUCGGAACGACGAAAUACGAACCAUCACCAUGCGAGACUUCGAUUAGUGUGAUAAAUUUUCAACUGUAUAUGGAUAUUUUAAUGGUUGCUGAGAAUUAUUAAUUUUUUUUAAUACAUGAUUUUUGUUAAUGAUUUCAUAAGAAAUAAUUGCUAUGGAUUUAUAUUCUUUUUUAUAUAUUACUACUUAUUGUAAUUGUACUCAAAU